AAUUCACAAGUUUUCCUUCGUAUUCCAAUAAUGUGGUCUGCGAUUUUUGUUAUCGCCUUUAUUACCUUUUCUUAUGGUUUAGAGAAUGGACUUGGCAGGACGCCUCCUAUGGGAUGGAGUACUUGGAAUCAUUUUCAAUGCGGUGUUAAUGAAAAUUUGCUUAAAGAUGCCGCCGAUGCUAUGGUUGAUUUAGGGUUCUUGAAAGCUGGUUAUAACUAUUUAAAUUUGGAUGAUUGUUGGGAAGGAAACAGAGAUAAAAAUGGGUAUAUCAAUACGGAUCCAAAAACUUUUCCUGGCGGCAUUAAACCCCUUGCGGAUUAUGCACAUUCAAAAGGAUUAUUAUUUGGGAUCUAUAGUGAUGCCGGACGUUUAACUUGUGCUAGGCGCAUUGGAUCUCUUGGUUACGAGAAACAGGAUGCGGAAAAAUUUGCCGAAUGGGGAAUCGACUUUCUAAAAUAUGAUAAUUGCCAUAAUGAUGGUUCACCAGAGAAAGAUCGCUAUGAGGCAAUGGGAAGAGAACUUAAUAAAACUGGAAGGCCAAUUUUCUAUAGUAUAUGUGAAUGGGGAAAAAGCAAACCUUUCCUUUGGGCUAGAGAAGUUGGCAAUAGCUGGAGAACGACUAAUGAUAUUAGAGCGUCCUGGGUGUCUAUUACAUCAAUUAUACAAAAGCAACAAAUGAUUACUAAAUAUGCGGGACCAGGAGGUUGGAAUGAUCCUGAUAUGCUUCAAGUAGGUAACGGUCAUCUUACUUUAGAUGAACAAAGAAGUCAUUUUUCUAUUUGGGCUGCUUUGAAAGCACCCUUAAUACUUGGGUUUGAUAUAAUAAAUCCACCUGCGGAUGCAAAAGCAUUGGUGUUAAAUGAGGAAAUCAUAGCUGUGAAUGUAGUUCUUUUUAAUCGUGGAGAAAUUCCACAAGUAAUUACAUUACAUUUUGCAUCUCAUUGUAAUCUUGAUGGUGAAAUUACAGUUCGAGAUCUUUGGGAACAUGCUGAUAAGGGAAUUUUUACAAGAAGAGUUCCAAAACAUGGUGUAACAGUUUUAAAGCUUACAGGUGGCACGCCAGUUAAAAAGCAUAAUGAAUCAUUAUUUUUACAACAUGUUUGGGAUGAUGAUAUUGUCGACAAUCAAGUUGAUGUUAUUGUUAACGGCGAAAAUUUAUCAGACUUAGAAUGA